GGCUGGACGGAAGACGUCCAUCACCAGGUAUUUCCGGUUCCGGUGUCAGUGCAAGGCGCCGCCGCCGCUGCCGCCGCCGGAGCCGCGAUGCCUAAAGGAGGUAGAAAGGGAGGCCACAAAGGCCGGGCACGGCAGUACACAAGCCCCGAGGAGAUCGAUGCACAGCUCCAGGCUGAAAAGCAGAAGGCUCGGGAAGAAGAGGAACAAGGAGAAGAAAGUGGAGAUGGGGCUGCAGGUGACCCCAAAAAGGAGAAGAAGUCACUAGAUUCAGAUGAGAGUGAGGAUGAAGAAGAUGAUUACCAGCAAAAACGCAAAGGUGUGGAAGGCCUUAUCGACAUUGAGAACCCCAACCGAGUGGCACAGACAACCAAAAAGGUCACACAACUGGACCUGGAUGGGCCCAAGGAGCUUUCAAGGAGAGAACGAGAAGAAAUCGAGAAGCAGAAAGCAAAAGAACGUUACAUGAAAAUGCAUUUAGCUGGGAAGACAGAGCAAGCCAAGGCUGACCUUGCUCGGUUGGCGAUAAUUCGAAAACAGCGGGAGGAGGCUGCCAGGAAAAAAGAAGAAGAGAGGAAAGCAAAAGAUGAUGCAACCCUGUCAGGAAAACGAAUGCAGUCGCUAUCCCUGAAUAAGUAGUGUGGCCCGAGGGAGGAGAUACCAGGGAACUGGGCCAUGGCGGCCAGGACUGCUGCUGUGUCUCACCCACCCUGUGCCCUGGUGCCGCUGCAGCAGCCCCUCAAGACAAGGAGUCCCUCAAGGCCUGGGGCCUCCUCUUCAUCUUGGCACAGAAAUUGUUUGGGGGAUGGUGGGUGGGGGGCUGGGGGGAGGGGGCAGCUGCUAUCUUUGAGACAGAAAGAUGCAGGACAGCAUUUCAUAUGUAACCAUUCGAAUGUUUUUGCUGUUUUUAGAAUUCAGAACCCUUGUUGGGGGUGCUUGGGAGGUGGGAUAAGAAGAGCUUCCAUUUGUGUAGUAGAUUGCACGGUAAGGGGUGCUGGUGAGUUUUUGACAGCCAGGCCAUCUGUGUUGCCUGGGUGCUCACUCAGGGCCUGUCACCUGGGAGCCUGUACCCCUGGGUCCCUGAGGGUCAAGGCUUGUCCCAUGGCCUCCCCUGUGCCGUUCUCUGCCCCAUUCCCACUCGUCUGGCCAGGGCCUGUUCUUAACCCUAUCCAUGGAUCAUUUCAAGAAACCUCUGUUUACUGUGCAGCACUCAGACAAACACGUUCCACAAAUCCAACUUGUAUAUUUGGCAGAUUAAACUCGACAUUAUCAUAAA